GUUCGUUAUAUUAUCUAUAUUUUACUAUUAUACCUCUGUUCCACAUAUUCUUCCAUAUGCUAUUGUGGUGCCUAAAAGUCCUAGAACCAAUAGUUAGAACAGCUUAAUAGCGACGAUGAGUCAUAGCGGAUACAGCUAUAUAAAUCAGCAUGAACAACAUACUGUAUGUAUGGCACAUCAGAUCAACAUGCAUAAUCCCAUCCACCACGCCCUUUCUCUCCCCGAGAUCCUCUCACACAUCCUCAUGUGGAUCAACCAAGAAAAAUACAUCCACAGCCGAGCAUACUAUCUCUUCCAAUGCAUCCUGGUGAGCAAACUCUGGUUCCACACCGCAGUCCGCUAUCUCUGGACUGAACCAGACCAAUAUUACCUCUACAUCAACCUCCCAGAAAUCAUGGCUGCGAUCGAUCCUCCCCGACGACAGUUCUACGCGGAUUACAUUGAGACAGCAACGCUCUGCACGGUGGGUAUAGAUUAUGCGGAAGAGAAAGAUGGUCCGCUACGUGAUCUUUUCUUUCCAAAAUUACACACUCUACAGUUGAAGAGCGAGGGUCGUCAUGACGGUGGCAUUCAUAUCCCGAGACUCUGCAAUAGUCAUCUUCGGGCGUUGGAAAUCGAUCCCCAGUUUGAUAGUUAUCCUGACACGUAUGGACCGAGUCGGGGGGAGUGGGACUCGAUGUUUGAGCAGAUCGCGGUAUGUUGUGUCUGCUGUUGUUAAGUAUUGUGUUGACAAAGUAGGUGCUAUUUCCGGAUCUCGAAAAGGUCAAGAUUGUCGAUCGGGCUCGUGUGCAUCCUGGAGCACUGGAACGGUUUGCAGACCGUAUGCCUCGUCUUGAUGCGGUGGAACAUGUGGGAGUGGUGGAAAUGGACAGUGAUUUAGGCAGUUAUUGAAUGGAUAUCGUCACCUGGCCAUUUAAUAUCUCUAGAGUCAUAUGACCGAUGUACCAAGCAGUGUUGUUCAUUUUGCCACAAACAGGUAGUGCAACAAUGGUCGGCCGGCCUGACACAGCCCGCAUCAGUCCUGAUACCAAUUGGGGCCAUGCGGGGUAAGCAGCAGCGAAUCAAAUUACAACACAACAAGGCUGAGGGUGUACAGCCUUAUUUGACAGUUGGCUGUCCCAGAAAUAAGCAGCGUAAUGG